AUGGAUUCAAAGCUCACUCUAUGCAAGAAAUCUCAUACACUUUUAAAGCCAAAGAUCAGAAUAGUUCAUAUUUUUGCUCCAGAGAUCAUUAAGACUGAUCCCUCCAACUUCCGCCAGCUUGUUCAGCUCCUCACUGGAAAACCAGAGAGGAAGAAGAAGAAGAAGCAGCAGCAGCAGGUAGCUUUAAUGGCAGAGGAAACUGAGAGGAAGAAUAAGGAGAGACUGAAGGAGGAGGAAGAAGAAGAAAGGAAGAAUUCAGGCGGGUCAGUGACUGAUUUUGGAGAUGUUGAUGAGCUGUUCUUCUAA